AUGAUACCCUUUAUACAUACUCCCUUUGCCUACGUGGGCGACAAGAUUGGAGUCAGCCCAGAUGAACUCAAGCUCAUCUUUUCCUUCUUUUUGUCCUACCCGCUUGCUGGCCUCCUCAAGAGGGUCCCGGAUAGCCGCCCUCACCUCAAGAACUUCUUCUGUCUAAGCAUCGGUGUCUUUUACCUCGUGGGCCUCUUCGACCUAUGGGUUGGCCUCCGAACUGUCUUGAUCUCCUCCAUUGGCACGUACUCGAUCGCAAAGUUCCUCCGGGGCUCCCCUUAUAUGCCAUGGAUCGGCUUCGUCUUCCUCAUGGGCCACAUGAGCGUCAACCACAUUACGCGCCAACGCCUUAAUGCCCCGGAGACGAUCGAUAUUACAGGAGCGCAGAUGGUGCUGGUCAUGAAGCUCAGCGCUUUCUGCUGGAACGUGGCCGACGGUGUUCUUCCCGAUGAUCAUCUGUCCGACUUCCAGAGGGACAGACGGCUCAAGGAGUUGCCCUCGCUGUUGGACUACUUUGGAUAUGUUUUCUUCUUCCCCAGUCUCAUGAUCGGGCCCGCCUUCGACUUCGCCGAGUACCGCCGAUGGCUCGACACCACCAUGUUCGACGUUCCCAAGACUGUCGAUCCUGCCAAGAAGCCUCCUACCAGACGCAAGCGCAAGAUUCCCCGCAGCGGCACUCCGGCCAUGAUCAAGCUGGCUACCGGUUUCUCCUGGCUCAUGCUCUUCAUCUGGCUGUCUACCUGGUUCUCGCCCGAGUCGCUCCUCGGAGACGGCUUCGUGAGCCACAGCUUCCUCGUCCGUCUUCUCUUCCUGCACAUGGUCGGCCUCACGGCGCGCGCCAAGUACUACGGGGUCUGGAUGAUGACAGAGGGCGCAUGCAUCCUCAGCGGUUUGGGCUUCAACGGCGUUGACCCUGCCACGGGCAAGGUGUCUUGGGAUAGGCUCCAGAACAUCCGCCCAGUGAGCAUGGAGACGGCGCAAAACACCAAGGCGUACCUCGACAACUGGAACAUUAACACCAGCAAGUGGUUGCGCAACUACGUCUACUUCCGCGUCACCCCCCGUGGCAAGAAGCCUGGUUUUAGCGCUACUUUGGCUACAUUUACCACCAGUGCUUUCUGGCAUGGUUUCUAUCCCGGCUACUACAUGUCUUUUGUCCUGGCCAGCUUCAUCCAGGCUGCCGCGAAAAACAUGCGCCGCAACGUCCGCCCCUUCUUCCUCGACCCCAAGACCCAAACCCCUCUUCCCUCCAAGAAGUGGUAUGAUCUCGCCUCCUGGCUCAUCACUCAACUCACCUUCAACUUCGCCGUCUGCCCUUUCCUGGUCCUGGGCUUCCACGAAUCCGUCACCGCCUGGUCGCGUGUCUACUUCUACGCCAUCAUUCACACCGCCGUGGCCCUGGCCUUCUUCUCCAGCCCUGGAAAGAAGUGGCUGCGCAAGGCCUUGGAGAAGAGAAACGCCAAGGCGGGUGUUGUCACCCCUGCUUCUUCUUCUUCUUCUUCUUCUAGUGGACGCAGCCGUGGCCGCAGCAGUGACGAGAAGACGAACAACAGCAACAGCUCCACGCAGAACGAUACCGCUCAGGGUGCCAUGGGAACGGCAGCUUCGCUUGGCGAGAACUUGAACCAGCAGUCAUACAGCAGAGCGGGAAGCACGGAUAGCCAGUCAAGGAGUCCGAUGUUGGGUAUUAGUGGUGACCCGCAGGGCGAGCUGGAUGAGGCGCUGGAGGAGUUCAGGAAGGAGAUGGACAGCAGAAUUGGUGGGGGCGCGUUUAGUGCGACGGGCUUGAGGGAUUCGUUGAAGGCAGAGGUUAGGAAGAGGUAG